UCUCUGCGUGUUGUAGUAUCUUUGGCUCGUCUGCGCAGUCGCAUGUGUUGGUAGGGGAGUUUGCCGCUCAGCAACGUGCCGGAACAGCAGACAGCACUCAAAAAUGAAGAAAAUACUAGUAUUUCUGACUGUGAUUCUUGUGUCUGAGAGGUCCGAUUGUUGGGAUCUUGCUGUUGCUGUGGACAGUAAAAUCCAGUUCCUACUCAUUGGAGGCAAUGAAACAAGAAUUAGUGAUGGGGGAUUUGACAGUGUCCAGGAAUUAUCGUACAAUCAACGUGAUGAAAUUUAUGUUGUGGAUAAGAAGGGAAAAGACUCUUACAUUUACAGCUACAAAAUUGGGAUUCCAGAACAAGUACCAAAAAUGAUUAUUUCUGAACCAGCUACUAAAAUAAUGGGUGUUGCAUAUUCCAAUGUGACUGAUGCCAUAUACUGGACAACAGGAAAAAAGGGUGCUUUAAUGUGGUAUAAACAUGCCUGGCAGACUAGUAGUGGCAGAGUUCUCCAUCAGUUUGAGAAUGUUACGCUACAAGGAAUUACUGUAGAUAGCUGUGGCCGCUACCUGUAUUGGACCAACACUGAAUAUAGAAAUUCUACAAUUGAGAGAACAAGGCUUGAUUAUUUUCACAGAGAAAUACUAAUAAAAGAGAAUCUUUUUAACCCAAUGGGUAUAGCUGUUGACUGGCAAACAAGAAAGCUAUUUUGGUGUGAUGAUACUGAAGGUGAUGCUUUUCAAAUCGAACGAAGCAAUUUAGAUGGAACAGGUAGAGAACUCUUGUACAAAGGCUCCUACGAUGAACCACGCACCAUGACAGUUGCUCAUGGAAGGCUUUUCUGGAUAGAUAAAGCAGAUGGCAGACUUUUGAGCCUUCGAACGAUGGAUCCCAAGGGUUUGAACCCAUGGACAGUACAGCGCUGGGGUGGCCAUAAAAUUUUGAAAGGUUUAACAUCGGUAGUAGUUUCAUCAUGUUAUGCAAACAACCCAAGUAAAGAAAUUUUGCCAUGGGUUACACCUGAUACUGAAAUCACAACUUUACAGACAACUGCAACUACGGAAAGGAAUGUAAUGCUAGUGCCUUCAACAUGGCCUACAGAUGGGAAUUACUGUCUGAAUGAUGGCAUAGUAUCAGCAAAUAAUGAGAACUCUGUGCCAGCAUGUAAAUGUCCAGUGGGGUACACAGGUGCAAGAUGUGAACUCCCACUCUGUCACAAUUACUGUGUUCAUGGAACAUGUUCAGCUGAAGCAUAUACAGGUUGGCCAAAAUGCUUGUGUAUGUCAGGUUUUGGUGGAGAUCGCUGUGAAACUGAUCUCUGUAACGGAUACUGCAUGAAUGGUGGAACUUGUUACUGGAAUGACACAAUAAAAGCCCCUUCAUGCCAUUGCCCUAGUGGACGCUUCAGUGGCAACAGAUGUACUGAAGAUGUGAUCCUGUUCCGUGAAUACUGUCACCUCUACUGCCGACAGGAAGAUGUAUUUGUUGGAUUAGGAGUGAUGGAGGAGUUGCACCACUGCGACUGUUCUGAUGUGUAUGAAGCUAUGACAAACAACUCCCUACCAAGAACGGCAGAACACACAGUACAACCUGAACCGCAGACAGCGGCACUGCUUAUUGCCUGUAUUGCAUUAGGCUGUUCAGUGAUAGCUCUUCUUAUUUUCCUCGGUGUGGCACUGAGAAGAAUGUCAAUUCUAAAUAAGCAACCUCGGCUGAGGAAGAGAAUUAUAGUCAACAAGAAGGCACGUCAGCAAGAACUGCCAGACAGACGACCUUCUGGGCAGAGCACGGGCGAACAGUGUGAGAUCACAAUUGAGAACUGCUGUAACAUGAAUAUUUGUGAAACGCCAUGCUAUGAGCCAAAACUUCGAGCAGGCAAAAGUCCGACAAAAGAUGAGAAGAGAAACCUACUUGUGAGCAUGGAAGGAGCAUCUACUGGUGCCUCAAGUGAAAACAGUUUAUAUUAAAUGACUUUUCCAAUGAAGAACACUGAAUAUAUGAUUGUCAAAGAAGAAUGAAAUGCAGGAAAACAGUUAUGACUAACUUCGCCUCACAGCUAUGCAUGUUGGUAUAUGUUUGUUUCUGUGACGUAGAACAGUUUUUCCUAUUUGGGACAGUGAUUCAUGUUGCUGCUUUGCAUUUCUCAGAAAUGCUGACACAUUGUGUUCCCUGUUGCGUCUGAGGUGAGAUUAUGAAGAGUUACUUUGUGUCUCAGUGUGUGAUAAUAUAAUUCAGAUAUAGUUACUGAAUUAAUUAAUUUAUUUUCUUGUAAUUAUAAUUUACACUGGGAGAGGAGUAACUCAUUUGCAGAAAGUCCUAUAUUAGGAGUGUACAGUUUUUGCAAAUAUUAUCUGGAUAAUACUGCACUUAAGGCAGCUAACAACUAUUUUACAGUUAUGUGUGUUUUCUCUACAUUUUUUAUAAGCAGAAUGUAGAAGUCCAUUUAACCAGCUGGAUAUAUGUAUUACUUCACUCUGGACAGUGAAAUACAUCAUGCGGAAUAUUAGUUUCAGGGAUUCUAGUCGCGAAAAAGUUAUCCAUAGAAACUAAAAAGCUUAAAAAUACCACUGUACCUUGAUUUGUUCAUUUACUACAGUAAAAAAAUCUGUAGUAUUUUCCAGUAUUAUUAAUGUAAAACUCAGCCAAGUUGUGGGUUACUGUGAGUAAGAUUGCAACACAAGAGUUGCACCUUAACAAACAGGAACUUAAAACCUAUGUGAUCAUUAUUUCAUCCAGUUCUGGAUGACUGGAGUAUAUGGUUUUGUACUUACACAUCUGAUAUCAGUUUUUAAUUUAGUGUCAUUAAGUCUUCUCUUAAUCAUUAUUUUUAAGAAAUUUUACAUACCUUUGAUACAAAUUUUAAGGACAGAAAUUUGUGUGCAGCAGAUGAAAAGACAUUGAGCCUAUGUGAAAGAUGAUGAACGUUAACUUUAGCAUACAUUUUUUUUUAUGAGUGUGAGCCAUGCCACAAUUUAUCAUUUCCGUUGUUCAGCCAUAGGAUUCAAGUACAGACCUGUUACAGUUGACAGAUAGUGUACAUUUAUCACAUUGUAUUUUUGUCCAAUGAGUGGAAGUUGGUUGAACAAGUAGCGUCAAGAAAUGUUGCCAAGACUUUGAAAUUAGAACAAAAAUAAAAUUGGUAUAGUGAUACGGGAAAUAAAGUACCAUUGGCUUUGGAGUAUUUUCAGAAUCUGCAUGAACUUAAGACUAAAUGAAAUAGUAAUGUUGACAUGAUGUCAUUCUAAAAAAGGAUUACUGACUGCAAGAGUCAAUGUUGGAUUGCAAUUGUUUUGACUCUAAAAACAUUUUUAAUCUAUUUUAGAACAAGUUGGAUAGUCUUUUAUUUUUGUUCAGAACAUUGCUGUUAAAAUUGUAUGGGUCGUAGGAGUUAACCACAUAGAAAUGAGUAGCAAAUUUCAAACAUUUUGGGUGACAGAAAGAAUAAAAACAACCUGCUUAUAACACUACUGAAGCACUAAAAUUGGCAAAGAUUAUUGAAUGACGUAAGAGUGCUUGUGCUGUUGUGUACCAAAUGUAUUAUUGCAUUGUGAGAGUUCUUUACCUAACAUCAUUAUAUAAACAAAAAUUUCAAAUAACUAAUACAACACAGUUUUUAAUGUUCAUAACAGCACAGCAUGCCACUAAAAUGCACUUUCGGGUUUAAAAUAUGCGUUAUUAUAUUUUCCACACCACUUAACGCCUCGUGCUUAGCACUGUAUGAAAAUUGGAAUUACAGUUACCUUGGACUGAAAACAUGGCUCAUAUGCUUCUUUUCUUCUUGUUCUGGACAAUUUUUAUGUUCGAAAAGUACAUUGCAAAAAUUAUAUUACUUUUUUAUCUUGAAGUGUAAACAAGGUAUGUUGCUUAAGAUUGGCAUCAGAAUAUCCUAUAUUGUCUCUUCACAUUUGGUAUUUUUCAUUGUUUACUCCUGGGGGACUGACAUGUGGCUAAUUUUCUCACUUUGAGAAGACUGCUGCAGCUAACCAUCUUAAGUUGAUAAAUGAAAUUUUUACACUCGUGAUUAUAUUGUCUGCUAUCACUGCCCAGUGUUUUUAAUUCCUCAAGAAGCUCUCAUGAAAAGUCUUCCUAGGCUUGGUGUUGUGCUGAUGAGUGCAUAUACUUGUUUAGUUCAAUGUGCUUAGUGUUCUGUCGGCACAUGAGGAAACAUUCCUAUUAAAAUACCAUUGUUCUUACGUGAUUAAACCUGGAAAGAGUGUUAGGAUAGCUUUAUUUAUUCUUAAAAUGACUAUUCCUCAAAAAUGAUAGAGAACUGCCAUGCCAUGGUAGUACAAAUCUCUAGUCGUUUGAGUUGAAAUACUUUCCAUAAAUCGACAACAUUAAUUUACAGAUGUAAAUAUGUAAUUUAUAAAUGAUGUGAAAAACUGUAAUUAAAGGAGAUAUUUUUCCUUAGAGGCGCAUUUGUAAUACCGGCAAAAAAAGUGACUUAUAUUUAUACUGUAUUUACAUCGCAUACAUAUUUCUGUGUGCUUAUAAACAGAAUGUAGUUGUGCUAUAUGGAAGAAUGCUUAGCGGUUGUUAAAAAAAAAAAGACAGUUCUAUAUUGGCACAGUUUUCU